AUGAAUAGAUUAUUAAGAGUUUCAAGUGCCACAACUCUUAAAAAAAAUGAACUACUCAAUCAAAAAUUAUAUGAUGAAGCCAAUCGAUUAUUGACAAGUCUUUAAGUUAUUCCAGCCUUAUAAAAAUUUAAAGAAUGUUUAAUCAUUUGAUUUUCAAUAUUUAGAUAUCGAACGUAUGAAGGUCUAACACAGUUACGAUAGUCCUCUCUUUGAUUUUAAAGGUAUCAUUGAUAAGAUUUGUAAUUUUGCUUUAAGAUUACAGGAAAGUUCAGGAAAAUCUGAACUUCCAAUCUUAAUCCUCUAAUGGGCUGAAGACAUUACUAAACAUACUUUACUUAUGUAUACAAAAACCUUAAUAAUAGCAAAGAAGUAUAACGCUAUUAAGUUAUGGCAUAUAAAAAAGCUGGAUAAGAAACCGUGUAAGUUACAGAAAAAACUCCAAGGAAAAUUGUACUUACAUCUCCUAAAUAAUUAUAAAUUGUUAAAAGUGAACCUAAACUUAAAACUUUCUAUUUUAGAGGAAAUCCUUCCAAUCAUUCUAUUAAAUAAUUAAGUGAUGCUGUUGAUGAACAAUAAUUAUUUUAUAAAUCAUCAAUUCCAUAAGCAUAAUUGAACAAAAAUUAAUAAAUAUCAUCACCAUAAAUACAAUAAAAUAAAAGUAAUUUAAUAUAAUUGCCACAUCCAUAAUAAAAUAAAAAUGAAUUAAUAUCAUUGCCGUAAACACAAUAAAAUAAAAAGAAAACUUUUGUUAUUAAAAAAAAUAAAUUUAAUGAAACCAAAGAUGAUAAAGAAGAAAAAUCUAUGAUUGAUGAUAAAACAGAAUAAAAAUAAGAAUAAAAAAAUGAAAAAUUUGAAUGGAGUAGUUCUGAAGAGGAAAAUCAUGAUAAUUAAGUAAUUUAACCAACUUAAAUUAUAUUAAUUGAAGAAAAAAAAGCUAAAGAACUUAGAAUCAAAUUUUUAAUUAGUGAAUUAUAGUUGAAAUUUGAACCAAGAGUUAUUGAAAUCAAAAAAACUAAGGAUUAAAUUGUUUAUCCAAUUUAAGCUAUUGUAAAAUUAUAAAAUCAUUGGAGAAGAAAAGCUGCCUAAAAAAAAUUAGAAAUAUUGAAGAGAGAAGAAAAGAGAAGAAAACUUUAAGAAAGAUAUGAAGAACUUAUUAAAAAGAUUUAACUUUGGUUUAGGAAGUUAAGAAUAUAAAGAAAGUUUAGAGAUAUUGCUUAUUAAUUAUUGGAUGUUAAAAGAAGAACAAUCUUUCCUAAAAAAUAAUAUUUUAGUGCAAUUCUUAUAUAGAGACAUAUAAGAAAAUGUAUAGCAGUAAACAGAUUUGUUAAACAAUCAGCAUAAACAGAUAAUUUAAUCAGAAAGAAAUUAAUAACAUUUCAUGUUAAAAAUGUAUCUGAUAAAAUCUAAAAUAAAUUAUUUAUUUUUUAGUUAACUUGGAAUGAAUAAAAAUUUAAAUUUAAAUUAUAAGCUUAUGCUAAAAAAAAAUGUGAUAGAGCACUUUUAAAACCUUUCAUUAUUGAAAUAAAUGAAAAGGAUUUCUUUUAUAUUUUUGCUAGAAUAAUAGAAUAUUAAGAUGCAUUAUAAGCAGAAAUAGAACCAAAUUAAAUUCAUCUUUAAGCCAUUUAAUAUUGUUGUCAAAUAAGUUAAUCAUUUAUUUAAAUUGUUGAGCAUUCUUACAAUUUGAAACUUGAUAAAAUUCAUGUAAUAAAAUAUUUAGCAAGAAUACAAUUUGAAGAUUUAGUUUAUAUGGACGAUUAAUCAAAUUUAUAAGUAGCUGGUUUUACAGAUUUUUAAUAUAGUGAUAUGUAUCAAGUAAUUUAAGAGUAAUAGAAAUUGAAAUUGGAAGUGAUGCAUAAAAUUGGUCAUCAUUUAGAACUUAUUGUAUUUUUAUAAAGUCAAUUUAAAGCAAGAAAUGCAAUAAAUACAAUGAGAUUUAAAGUGAAUAGGAGAAGACAUAUUAAAGCAUAAUUUGGAUUGAGUUUUAAAUUAGGAUAUAGUCAAGUAUUUAUAAAUGAUUAAGAUGAAAUUUUUGCAAAGGUGAUUUAUGAUCGUAAGUGGCAAAUAACAAAUAAAUUGAAAAUUAGUUAAUUGAUAACAAAGUAAUUAGGAUUUCCAUGUAGAGAGAAUUUUUUUGAUAUUUAUUAAAUAUCUGGAAAUAAUAUAAUUUAUACAGAAGAAGGAUAAUAUUGGAUUCAUAAAGAAUUGGAAGCAACAUAAAAAAAAAAGCAAUUUUCAUUUUCAUAAAUAGAGAGUUGUGUAAGAUUGAUUCAAAAAUCAAUGAGAUAACAUUUAUGUUAAAAAGAGUAUAUAAUAAAAAAGAAUACAAGACAAUUUUAAUUUUAUAAAAAUGAAGUAAAAUGUACAAGUCUAGUAAAGAAAGUAAUAGUUUCAGGUGAAUAGCCUGCUAGGGCAUUUUUUAUGAAUUUUUCAUUAAUAGAAGAUACAGUGACAAAUGAAUAAUCAAUAAGUAUAGAUGUAAGAUCUUUGGAACAUAAGUUUCCUUCUGAUUAUAUUCAUCCAUAUAAGUAACCAUUAUAUAGUGAGAUGUCAAUUGGAGAAUUGACAAUGAUAGGAUAGAGAAUGAUGAUGAUUGGAAAAGUAAUGUAAAUAAAAGGAUCUUUAAGGUUUGAUGUUAGAAAUCUUAUGGAAGUAUAGGGAAUGUUAUUAAAUGAAUAAGAUUAUGAUUAAAAGAAAUCUUUAGAAAAAAAGGAUGAUACAUUAUAAGCAAGAAAAUUAUGGAAUACACAUAUGAGAAAAUCAUGGAUUCAAGAUUAGAACAUAGAAAUGGAUAUUAAUAUUUUAGAUAGAGUAAAAUAAAAGUAGAUAAAAAAUAAGAAGAAGACGAAUUAACAUAUGGCAGUUUUGUUUAUUAGAUCUAAUUAUGCUGAUUGGAGACGUAAUUAUUUUAAAUGUUAAAUGGAUAAAAUUGAUGUAAAAUGUUAUGAUCAAGAAUCAAUUUCUAAUUAUGUUCGUGAAUUCAAAUAUGAAAGUUAGUAUGGAUAUGGGAAUCUAGAUGAUGGAUAAUAUAAUUUAGAUUUUUUAUAAAUAAGGAAAGAUGAAUAUGAUUAGAGAGAAUAAAGAAAGGCUUAAGAGGAAUUAGAACGUAAGUAGAAAGAGUAAUAAUAGAAAGAUGAAGAAAACAGAAGAAUUUAAAAAGAGAAGGAAUCGCGUAUUUAAAUAUUUUAGGAAUACUGUGUUAUUACUUCAUAAAGAAUACUUGUUAGAAUUAUUUUUAAUAAAUAAACUAAACAAUUAGAAGUCGAAGGAAAAACUGAAAUGAAUAUUAGUUUAAGAUGUAAUAUAGAUAUUCUUAGUGUAUUAAAUGGAGAAGUGGAAAUGGAAUUCCUUAAAUAGAAUUUGAGUCAAAGUGUUGUUAAAUACUUAUAAAUCGAUGAUGGAAUAUUCAGUUUUGUAAGUGAUUUUAGAGCAUAGGAAUAAUUAUUGAUUGAGUAAGAAAUUUGGAAAGCUAAACAAAAUCGUAAACCUAAUAUGGAAAAUGUUGAAGGAGAAAUAUAUAAUUUAAUUGAUGUUUUUAUAAAUCUAAAUAAAAGUAAAUCUAUGUAUGAAAAUUUAAUUGAAAAUAAAUAUUAAGCAGUUGUUAUUAGAUCAAAGAAAUGUCUUGAUAGAGUUCAUGAAUAUAUCAUUAAUCUUAGUGAUUAAUAAUUAAUAUUUACAGUCUAUUUUGAUGAUUCACCAGAAAUGUUUAAAACUCAUAUCAUUCCAGCUAGAGAUUUUGAAAAUAAUAGACUUAUGAAAGUUAUUAAAAAUAGUCCUCCUUAAAAAAUUGGAAAAUUAUUAACUCCAUUAAUGAAUUAUUUAGAUGAAAAUAUUAUUACUUAUGAAAAUCACACCACUAACUUUUUGGCAAUCAAACCUUUAUUAAGUUAAAUAUUUAAAAAUUCUUUUGCUUUAAGAAUAUAAAGAGCUUUAAAAAUUAAAUCACAAUUUGAGUAUUACUUAUAAUUCAGAAAAAGAAAAUUGAAAAAUAUCUUUUUAAUGAAUCGUUAUAUAUAAAAAGAUAGUAAGUACAUCAAUAUUAUGUUCUUUUUAACUCAAUAUUCAAUUAAAAUUGUUUUUCAAUAAUUAAAUGAAAUUGAUGGCAAUGGAAAUAUGGUAGAUAAAAAAGUUAAAAAAAUAUAUUUUUUAAAUCUAUUAGAUCAAAAACUUGAUCAAAAAGAAUUUGAAAAUGUUAAAGAUAAAUGGAUCGAAAAUAAAGGUGUUCAUUUACCUUAAUAUUAUGAAUAAACAUAUAAACCUCUUAUUGAAUAUAUCAUUCGUAUAAUUAGAGUAGAAAAUCCUUUUGAAAUAUCUUUUGAAAAUGAAUUCAAAGUUACAGAAAUGAAAGAACCACUUAAAAAAAUAAAAAAUGAUACCUAAUUUUAUAGCAUGAUUUAAGCAAUCACCAAAUUAUAAGUACAUUACAAAACUAGAAAAGAUAUGUAAAUUUAUAAUCUUAAAGUUUAAUGUACAGACAAAUCACUUGUAAGAUAGAUUGGUAAAUAAUUUAAUCGAAGUUUUAAAAUAAUUCAAAAUUAAUAUUAUAUUGUUAAUAUGUACAAAAUUCUAUAAGGAUAUGAAACCUAAAUAACUGUUGAUUUAAUUCACUAUAAAGAUAGAAGUACUCGAUACAGAGGUAUCCAUAUUUUAGAUUCUACUGAAAUGCUUAAUAUUGGAUCUAAUAAAAUAGCUGAAUAUAUAAUCAAUUAAGUUUAUAUUAAAGAUGGUUUACUUCAAUUUGAAAACAAUUAAUUUAAAACUGUUCAAGAAAUAGAAUAACCAAAAGAAGUUGCUGAUUCUAAAAGUCCUGGAUUAAGAUUAGAAAUCUAAAAGGCAGAUUAAAAUGAAAUCGUAAAUCAUUAUUAACAAAAUCAAUCAGAAAUUUACCCUGAAACUAUUUACAAUGUUGUAUAUACAGGUUAAGUCAAAUAGAAAUCUAUUGCUUAAGACUCAAAGAAUACUGUUCAAAUCUCAGUUGAAUUAAGUGAUUUUAAGAAACUUUAUCCAUUUUUACAUCAAGAUGAUAAGAAGGCAAUGAAAACUAUUAGUGAUUCAAUUAUUGAUUCUGUUAAAGUUGAUAAAUAAGGAAAUGUUCUAAUAAAUGUAUAGAAGAUUAAUCCAUCCUUGAUUUAAGUGGAGAAUGGAAAGAUUGAAAUUUAAGAUCAUAUUCCUAGUAAAUUCAAACCUGAAAGUUAAAUGAUUUUGGCAAAAAAAAUAGUUUAUUUUGGUAAGUAGAAAUUCUUGAUGAAAAUUAGUGUACUUGAAAAAAGAGUUACAAAAAUAUAAGAAGAUCCUGCUGAUGCUGUGGAAAAUCAUUUUGAAUCCUUAUUUUAAGUUGCUGCCAUGUCUCUUGAUAAAAAAGAUAAAGACAAUGAAAUUCCUUUUAAUAUUGAAUGGGAAUUAUCCAGUGAAGAUGCAUAACAACUUACUCAUCAAAAAGAUAGAAAAGUUAUUGCUAAUGAAUUGAGCAAACGUACUUUAAUUGUUAAAGAUAAAUUUAUAUUUCUAGCUAUUGAUAAAAAAGAUAUUCAAAGACAUCAUUAUUAAAAUUGUAUUCUAUUUCUUGAAAAAGGAAUUAGACCUAUAUAACAUCAAUUCAGAAAUAGAAAAAGAUUAAUCAAUUUUAGAGAUUACAAAUAAACUGUAAAAUCAUGGAAAGAUUAAUAUGGAUAACUAUCUAAUUCUGCUUCUCUCUACAUUGAUAAUCUUUGUAGUGAUUAAUAAUUUAUAGUAUUAUCUGGUGAAUAUAAAUCUAAAAGGCUUUUGUUCAUUUGUUGGAAUCUAGAAGAUUUCGAAAAAAGAAUGAUUGAAAUUCCUAAAUAAUAAGUAAUACAUUCAAAUCUUAUAUUUAUUAGUAUUAAGAACUAUUCAUGAAAAACAAAGAUAUAGCCAUCAAAUUAUUAACUUCAUAUGUAGAAUACAAAGAUAAUGAAUUAGUUUUCAGACCUCCAUAAUUUUCAGAAAUUAAAAACAAACUAGAAAUCCUGUCUAACUAAUAUUAAGAGUGA